AUGGGGUCAUCUGGAUCAAAAGUAGCACAGCAAACCGUGCGAAAGUUCCCCUCGCGCGCGGGGGGUUCAUCACCGGCAACAUCAGCACCGAAACCAAAAGCGAGCUCAACACCACGAAUGCGCCCUCCUCCCUCAACAACAACACCAACACCAGACGCCCAACCGCGAUCCCGACCGCAAGCUUCUUACACGAAAGACGAGGCUAUCCGAGCCGACGCCAUGGAUCCCAACCGCCCCGAAUUCAGCGCCGAGUUCGCCGACCGUCUGCAGAAAAUGGGCAUUGUGCAACCCAACCCGACAUACUCGCCGUCGUCCAUAGCGUCUCCUUUUCUCAAUGCGCCGGGAAACACCCCAUCUGCGUUGUCGCCGCACUACCCCUCGCCUUCAAGCAACGUAACCCUUGGUGUUCUCGAAGCACGGCGGCGGCUCGAGGCGCGCGCCAGGGAGGAGCUCGAAAACAUGGGCAAGUCGAGCGACAAGGGGAGAGAGUUUGUGGAUAUCGGCACGGUCAAGCAGAUGCUAGUGCUGCGCCAGAGUGGCGCCCCAGCGACAGACAUUGAGAAGCGCUUGGGGCUCAGGCCCGGCCUCGUCGCGAAGUUGGGACCCCAGGGGGUAGUGGCGCCUGCGUCAUGA